AUGCCCGCCUCCCACAACGACGAAUACUUCACCUUCACCGUCGGCAAGCUCGAUGCCGGCAUGGCAAUCCUCAUCGGCGAACGCGCUUCGCUCAUCGAGUUCCCCAGCCUGCUUCUCCCGCAAGGCGUCAGCAGCGGGAGCGUCGUCAACAUCAAGGUCCUGCGAAAUGAGAACGAGGAGUGGAGACACAAGGAGGAGUUUGAGGAAUUGCAAGAGGAUAUUCUCGAUACUUUCGGAAAGGUCGGCCCAGCUGCGCCUACAUUGAGAUUGCGCAACGUUACGCAGACCUCGGUCACACUAGAAUGGGACCGUAUCUUUCUUGCUUCUGCCUCUUUGAUCGGUCUCGAUAUCUUUCGAAACGGUCAGCGAUUGGCGCCCAUCCCGAAUCCAUUGCACAACACCAGCACCAAACUAUCAGGCCUAGACGUCGAUGCCGAUUACUCUUUCCAUCUCCUGCUGCGAACGACCGCUGGAACGCUAUCAUCUCUGCCCGUCAAAACACGCACACACACCGUCCAAGACACAUCCGGUAUCGCCGUCUGCUUUGGCCACAUUGAGGAUCCCGAACUGGAAGAAGCGGCUAAGGACGUGCUCAAGUUGAUGGGCUGCCAAAAGUGGACGGAGAAGAUCCAGAUCGAAACAACGCAUUUCAUUUGCACUGAUCCGCGAAACAAAGGAGAUGGCGUCAAAGGUAGCAUGGGCACUAUGCACAACAAAGCGGCGCAGCUCAGCAUACCCAUAGUUCAGCCACAUUGGCUCUUCGCCUGCUACACACAAAAGAGAAUGGUUCCCAUCUCCGCCUACUAUCUUGGCCAAGACCCUCCAAACGCAUCCACGAUCCGCGAGACGGUUGCCCAGAUCCGCCAACCACCGAGCUCCUCCGCAUCUGACGCGACACACAUGAUGCCUCCGACACCCGUCACAGCGAACGGGAUGGAACCGCAGACGCCCAGCCAUGUUCCGCACAUCGACGCGCAGACAGGAGAGACAAGGACUGGAGGCGUAAGUGUGCGGGAAGGCAUGCCUGUCGGCGUCGUUACCGCCGCCGAGACGGAUACAGAGCAAGGCGACAUGACGUCAAAUGCUUCUUCACAAGCGCAAGCUCCAGCAGCAUCAGAGGACUCGGCAGCGACCCCACUGGCGACGCCGCAGUCGACCUUAAAUGCGAGCGCAGAAGUUGAAGACGACUCAGCCAAUACAGUGCCCCCAAUGCCUUUCGAGAAGGACGCGCAGUAUGCCAAUAUCGGCGCGGCGGCAACGUCAGCACCGACCGGAUACGCCCAAGCCGCCGCACUGGUUCCACAGAAUCGUGUCGUAGCGGGCAUGGAAGUGCCCACGCCUGAGUACACUGCCGCAGCGCAUGAUCACGGCGGAGAGCAAGAGCCAGAGCAGUUGUCAGCUGCAGCAACUGUGGGUGUCGCGUCGAAUGCGGCCGACAACCUAGGCGACGUCAGCCUCGUCACUACGGACGAUCCCGGCUUGCCAGAAGAGGAGGAAAUUGACCUCUCCUAG